AUGUUAGGCGGAGUUAGGCUAAGUAGGGACAAUGGGAGCAGAAGUGCGGCGAUGUUAGGCGGAGUUAGUCGAAGGAGGAAGAGGAUGGCCGAGGGCUCGGGGAAGUUGGACGAACCGAGGUUCGUCGACCGUCGGUCUAUAAGGAAGAAGUUGCUCGACGGCCGUGACAGUAUCAAGGAUCGCUCUUACCGACGACCCGUGCGAACCUCGGAGAAGUACAAAGAUAAUAUGGAACCAGAAAGAAGAAUUACACGAGGGAUGAGUAGGGAUGGAGACAGGAUGGAGGAGAACGAGAGGAGAGCAUUGGAGGAGCUUAGCAGAGCAAUGGGGCAGGACCUUGGAGUGGAGGAUAGUGUGGGGGGAUCAAUUCAAGGAGAUGAGUUCGUUCCACCGGUGCCUUCUAACCCUCCUUCUCCUCCGUCUAAUGCUCUCCCACCUGUGGGAUCCCCACUUGGAUCAGACCAAACCCCACGCCCAAGAGAAAACACUGGAAGUACGGCGAACUUGGGAGAAGAAGGAACACAAGGGGUGGUGUUGGCCUUGAUGCAGAUGGUGGCGAAUAUGAACAAAGACAUGAUGGAGGAGAGAAGGCGUAGGGAGGAAUGGGAACAGAGAAGAGAAAGGGAUACAAGGACGGAGAAGAAAGAAGAGAAGAAAUGGGAAAAGGGGCAACUUUCGGCGCAGGGCGGUGUCCAGGCGGCUAUGAUGUCGACGGUGGUAAAGAGUACACCGCCAAACAUCGACGAAGUUCGCCGAAGAUGGCCUAGGCCGAGCUCCGAUCUGAGGGAGACAAGGAGGAAGGAGGGGAAGUGCACCGAGUGUGGUGAAGCAGGACAUUGGCUGAAGGAAUGCCCUGUAAGGGAGGCUAAGGUUAAGGUUGGACUGUUGCCUCCAUGGGGGGAGAAGUUCGGAGAACGUGGUGGAGGAUCGGGAGGGAACGCAGUACCUCUCGGACAGAGGAGGAACUUGAAUGCGGUUGGAGGAGAAGUAGAUUUGGAAGAGGACCAGGGAAAAGAAGAGGACCUGUCGCAGUAG